AGGACUGCUGGCAGCUACCCAUCCAUCCUGCGGCCCAGUUCAGUCGGCUUAGGUAUGGCAACUCGGUCAGUGAUGUAAUGGGUCUGUCAAAUGGUAGUCUUGCAUAGCCCGACCUUCAGACUGACGGCUGAAGGUCUGGAAUUCAUGGCAUCUUUCUUUGGCCAAGGCCUUCCCAUGAGGCCAUUUGACCAUCACAUCAAACAUCCUUUUGAAAACCCAGUGUUUAGUUGAUCCAGACAAGCACUCACUGUCACAGUUGUAAACUCUACAGCUUUUUUCUUUUGUGAGGGGGUUUGGCAGCACGUCAUCUUUGUUUCCAGGCGGAACGUUAAAGUGCACAAAAUCCUGUAUAAUUAAACCAAUCCGUUUCCACUUUUGUGUCCCAUAUGCAUCAGCCAUUUAGCCAACGGUCCAUGGGCAUGAUGUCUGAGGCUGAGACUAGUCAAAUGGCUAUCAACACUAUACACUCAACACUAUACACUCAUUUGAAAGCUAACCUUUAGUACUUUUUAAACAAAGAUGUAACUUUGGCCUUUAUGAAAUAAUAUUUGCUAAACUGCAUUAAUCUGGCUGCUCAUCUCUUGUCUUUCUCUAUAGUGUUUUAGAAAAGGUGAUUCCGGUAACGAAGUGAGAAUGUGAUCGGGGCGAGGGAAAGGUCAGUCCAGUUUAUUUGGCAGUACUUAGCGGGCAAGCGGACAGCCUGAGGGCCUUGCUAAAGAAAGGCUACAGUCCAGACGCCCCAAAGCUGUCGACAGUUUGGCUACAGCUGCCCUUUGGACAUGGCUCUAUGGUGCAACUCUUGGAAAUAUGACAUAGAUUUUCACCAGAUUCGUGAAGUCACUUUGAUGCUCUUGGCAGCAGGGGCAUAUGUAAGCAUGGGCAUUUAUGCCUUUGCAUUACAGGGCCAAGUACCAGAGCACCUGCCCUUGAUCCUAGAGCACGCUGGCCUCCCUCAAGGUGAACGACUCAAAGAUCUGGCCCGUAGAGCCCUUGCUGAGAUGCAGAGCGCCUCUUUCUGGCUUCCCCUUCUGCUCAAAGCGGGAAUGGACCCCAUGCUGCUCCUGCAACUCAAAAUGCUUGAAGAAGCCGAGAACGGAGUGCUUAAUUUCUUUCUGGAGUUCAUUAAUUGGAAGACUUUGCCCUCAUCAAUGCUUCAGAUUUUCUCUCACCGUCAAGCAGAUGGCACCUGGAUGCCACAGAAGCAUUUCGAAUCAGUCCCUGCUCUCACCUAUCUGUGCAGACUGGCAGUGCAGGUAGUGGUGGGCAGCAAUGCUCUGUCUAAGACCUCCUUUAUCAAACAGCUGCCCAUCCCCACACUGCUUCAGGACUACCUUCAGUUCAGAAACGUCCCAGGCUUGCUUACAUAGCGGCCUGACAGUUAUGUGUGGCUAAUUAAGUUAUCUCAACUUGUUCCACUGCAGUAUUUUGUAUAUAAUGUUAAUACAAUUUUAAUGACUGCUCAA